ACCAUCUCUGAGAAAUCCAAAUGUUCGUUAUACGUCAUCCACAUAAAGAUGCAAACAACUGAUAACAGACUAUUCACCACCAUUUGCACAAGGAAAACCAAAUGGCAUCACCAUCUUUGUUACUUCCACUCGGUUGUAUAUUUGGAAAGAGUAAUGCCUCCAAUCAUCAAAGAGCACACAAAAUCAGUGCUGGUGCCUUAGCAUCAGAACCUAGUUUACAAGUGUCAAACAUCAGUGACAGUCGAGAUGAGUGUGCUGUCAUGAACCGCAGAAACAUGAUCAAUGUCGGAGUCGGGCUUCUAGGACUCCUGAGCGGCACUACUUUGGCUGAAGCAGCUGGAUUGCCUCCGGAGGACAAACCAAAGCUAUGUGAUGGUGCCUGUGAGAAAGAGCUUGAAAAUGUCCCUAUGGUAACUACUGAGUCGGGCUUGCAAUACAAGGAUAUAAAAGUUGGUGGAGGACCUAGUCCUCCUAUUGGAUUCCAGGUAGCUGCAAAUUAUGUUGCCAUGGUUCCUUCUGGCCAAAUAUUUGACAGUUCUCUGGAGAAAGGUCAGGUUUACAUUUUCCGGGUCGGCUCUGGUCAGGUGAUCAAGGGGUUAGAUGAGGGGAUCCUCAGCAUGAAAGUUGGAGGCAAACGGCGACUCUACAUCCCUGGACCACUAGCAUUCCCCAAAGGACUGGCUUCAGCUCCGGGGAGGCCACGUGUCGCUGCCAACAGCCCGGUGAUUUUCGAUGUUAGUCUGCUGUUCAUUCCAGGGCUGGAUGAUGAGGAGGAGUAAAUCCCAAUCAACAUUCUCUACUUCCAUUGAUUUAUUCUUUUGGAUUCUCAUUCUGUUGCCAUGUUAAACUGGAUACCUCUUCUGUAAAAUCAUUGAUUGAUUGCUACUACCUUGUAAAGAUGUCACUACACACGUGCAACUUUAAAUCUAUUAGUACUUGUAGAAAUUCAAACA